UUGAGGGAGGCGCCUUUAAUCACUGCCCUGGUGACGUACUGCCUGUUUAUUUGUCUUUAUAAUCUUGUGGUAAAGUGAGUUGCCUAGAGGUUGGGACAGGCAAUGACACGCAAAUCAUUUUCGCUUGAGAAGGAAAUAGUGAAGAUUGAUGGUAGUGGCAAGUGAACUGCAGUUUAAUGAAUAAAUGAUUAGGUGAUUAAAGCCGCUGGGAGAUCAUCAUCCGAACCUAUAAAUAUUAAUGUUUCCUUUCGUAGUGCGUAGACCUACAAGAUGGGUUUGAAAAUUUUGCUUUUUGUGCCUAACAUUAUCGGUCUUACUGCUGUUUGGCAAGGACUUCAUGAUUGAACUUUAAAAUCAUCAACAAGCAGCCCCAAUCCCUACCUAAUGGAGGAAGAUUCAUUUUUGAAUCAGGUUAUAUAAGGAUACUCCUACUGCUGGUUUGCUGGUGGACUUUCAAUUAUCCUCUAGUGUUUUUUCCCUGUUACAUGGUUUUCAUUAUUCUUGAUGGGUUUGAUGGAUUUGCAGCUCGGCAGUUAAAUCAAGUUUCUGAAUUUGGAGCUUGGUUUGAUGUUGCUAUUGACAACUUUGGGCGUACCAUGUUAUGGACCUUGCUCUUCAAGUGGGGACAUUUUGUAAGUAGCUUAGAGUGGUGUGUUUUUGUGUGUACACACAAUUCCAUGGGAGUGGACUGGAAGAACAAGUUUGGCGAAGGUCCAUGGUGGGUUCGGAGAACCAUGGCAAAUGGUUUUAAAACUCCUGUAGGAGCAUUUGCUAUCUUUGGAUUACACGUUCUUCCUAUUUGGCUCUAUGGUUAUCAUAAUCAGAUUCUAUCAGCAACAUUUUUGAUGCCUCUUACAAUACAAUGGCUUAUCACUGCAUUUCUUGCUGCUGGAAGACUUCUGUGUGUGGCAGUGGAGUUCUGGUGCAUAUGCAUUCACAUUCUGUACCUCAUACGAAAUGAGAAGCCAAUCGAAGGAAAGUGAUGGACGGAUUGUAAAUUUACUUCAAGCAAUAUUUCCAGGUUCAGGAUUUUAAAAGACACUUUCUAAGAACCAUCCAUUUCUGCAUCCAGUUCUUCAUGAUAAACAGAAAUGGCUCAAUUUCUGCAGGCCACAGUAAACACCAAUGAAUGACUCCAUGAAGAAUAAUCCUCAUUUGUACUUUUUCCAAUACUGUCAAACAAGUACAACGCAUUUGAGCUACACUUGCUCAUUAUUACAAUAGAAUACUGAUGCCUGAAUUACCUCGAUUAACUGCUAUAUGAUCAGACAAAAAUAAGACAAAUUAAAACCAAUUCAUUCAGAGUUGCUUCUCAACACGAGUUGCAGUGCUUGGCUGAGGAUUUGAGACUUUAAAUUUAGGUUAUUUCCUUCUGGCUACUUAGUGAAACAUAACUUAUUUAGUUCAGGUUUUAAUGCUGACAAACCCACUCGUUAACAGUUGUUAAAUUUUCUUGUUGGGUUUGUAGACCAUGAACAGUACAGCAAUUGCAAAUAUCCUUAAAGUAAGAAGGAAUUAAACUGGGGGUGGUAGCAACGUGGGGUAGAGGUAGAGUAUUCUACUCUACAGUGACUGCUUUGUCUUUAAAAGUAGAAAUAUAUUUUAGCUAUGUCCGCUUUGUUGAUGCAUUCAUUUUAAAGGUGAGACUGACAAGCACCUGCAUUUGAAUGUUAUGAGACAAACUGCUGAACACAUUGUGCAUUGCGCAAGGCCCCAGUUUAUACGAGUGGCUAAUAGUUUUGUAUUUAUAAUAGCACUAUUGUCUAUUUUAAGCAGCAGGAAUGGCCAGCACUCCCACUAGCAGGGAGUGGGGAAGUUAGGUUCAUUUGCUGCUACUGUUGUCAAUUAUUAUGCAAUUAAUGGUCAUUUUGUAAAAUGAUUGAAAGGAGAAAUUUGCCUCAAUUAUGACAGAAAUAGCUCGUAGAAAUUUUUUAAGCCACAGCAUAAAUGUUUACACUAUACUGAUGUGCAUAUAAACCAACAAGCUCUUUAAUCAUAUUGAUGGCAAAAUGGAAACUUACGUACCUCUGCUUUGCUUUGACUUCUACAUUCAGGCAGGAUAACCAUUACAAAUAUUGCAACGAUUGAAGUUACUUUUGUAGAUGACUUCUGAUUAGCUGUUAUGAAUUAAAAAUUGACAUUAUUUGCUAUCUGCUUUUGUGAUUAACAACUCAAAAUUGUUAAUUUGAAGUUUAUUUUUUCUCAGUGGUGAUACUGCUUGUAGUAAUUGCAACUGAAGUUGUCUUAAAAGUGAAAAGGACAAGACUUGUUCCACUUAAUCAUGACAAUAAAAUGCAGCAUUUAUCUGUA